CACUUUCUCAUCUCCCUCUCCCCAGCAAGCAAUAUAAUGCAAUAUUGCAAGUCUCCUCACUGUUUUCUUUUUCUUUUCUUUUUCUGGGUGUGGUUAGGUUAUUGUAUAGGGUAUAUAAUAACAACCAAUAUACAAGACUGAGAGAGAGAAGGGAAACUCAUUUUUAGUUGUCUCUUCCUCUUGACACAGAGAAAGGAAAAUCUUGAGAGAGAGAGUUGAAACUUGUCUUCCUCCUUCCUUCUUCCUUUCCUUUUUCUGGUUUGUAGAGAGAGAGAGAUGGGGAGGGCACCAUGCUGUGACAAAUCAAAUGUGAAGAGAGGGCCAUGGUCACCUGAGGAAGAUGGCAAGCUGAAGGAGUACAUUGAGAAAUGUGGCACUGGAGGCAACUGGAUUUCCCUCCCUCAGAAAGCUGGGUUGAAGAGAUGUGGGAAGAGCUGCAGGCUGAGAUGGCUAAACUACCUGAGACCAAACAUCAAGCAUGGUGAAUUCACUGAUGAGGAAGAUAACAUCAUCUGCACCCUCUUUGCCACCAUUGGCAGCAGAUGGUCAAUAAUAGCAGCACAGUUACCAGGAAGGACUGACAAUGAUAUCAAGAACUACUGGAACACCAAGCUCAAGAAGAAGCUUAUUAUGAUGUCCAUGGCUCCUCCUCCUCCUCCUCACUUCCCUUCAUACCAUCAUCAGAGGAAACCAUUCCUUCCUAAUUCUCCUCCUCUUUCUGCACAAACUAAUUCCCAUCUCUACUCUCACCAUAGUACUUCUGCUACAGCCAGUGGGUUUGACAUGAUCUCGCCCUUACUUCAAUCCAAUAAUCUCAUGGGAAACCACAGCAGCAACAACCCUUUCUUGAGCAACAAGCAAUACUACAACAACAACAACAGCAGCAGCAGCAGUAACUUGUUGGUGUUUGGAGGUGGUUCUCAUGAAGCAGCAGCUGCAGCCAGUUGCAGUUCAAACUCAGAUGGGAGUUUUGGGGGGCAGCAGCUUAGCAGCUAUGGAAGAGAUUUCAUCCAUGAUCAUGAUGAUCACAUCAAACAAGAGAACCAACACCAUCAUCAUCACAGUAAUAAGUUCAUGCUCAGCUAUCCCACAAAUAUUAUUACCACCAGCAUUAAUGGUGGGUAUCAAAUGGUGGAUCAUCAUGAGAAUCUUGAAGAACAAGAAGUCAAGCAACUAACCGUUACGCCGAGUACUAGUGAUGAUGUCAUUAGCAGCAGCAAGAGUAGUGAUGAACAUCCUGACAAUUAUAAUUAUAGCCUUCUCCUCAGUAAUGUUGUUGUGGAUGAUGACAAGAACAACAGCAACAAGGAUGUGCAAGAGAAGCUCAUGUACUAUUACUACUAGCUAGAUCAUUUUCAUCAUGAGGUUGAAAAAGAAAAGAAAAAAAAAGAAAAAAAAGUACUAUAUAUAAAAUAUAUAUUUGAUGUAAUUUGGGGGUGGAUAUAUCAAAUAUUGGGUGAUCAUUUUGGUUCUGACCGUAUGUAAAAAAUCAAAAUCGAGGGCACAAUUCAAAUUCUUUCUGCUAAUGAUGAGAGACUUCUUUUUCUUCGUCGGGACUUUGUUUCAAAUAAUGUUGUGUACAAGUUUUUUUUUGCGCCAAAUUUCCCUUUUGGGAGGAGAUUUACUAUAUGUGAAACUAGAGUUUUCGUUUCUGUUCUGUUGUUUACAUUGGCCAUAAAUUUUAUUCCUCAUCAAACUGAGUCAUAUUACUACUAUAUUACUACUGACAGCGAUUUCCUAUCCCCCACUAUAACCCAAUUUCCCUCCAUAUAUAAUUUCUAAAUAGGUUUUUUUUUUUGUGUGUGGAAAACCCUACUCUACCCUCCAAAAUGGUAAAACCCAUUUGGGAUUGGGAAAGGGCAGUGGCAGUCAUUUCACUGUAUGCAUUGCAACUGGCUUUGUCAAGGAUUUUUCAUUAUUUUUUUAUUUAUUUCCCCUUGUGGAAAAUAUUUGUUUAUUAAUGAAUGAAAAUAUAUAUUGGAAGAGGUCUGACUCCAAGAUGGGAACUUGGAUCUUUCUGCCUGUGUCCGACGAAACCCCUUUUUGUUUAAUCGAACUAGUUUAUAAUUAUACAAAUGAUUGGUGUUUUUUUGUUCACCAUAAUCUCAGUCUCUUCUGCAUAUAAUUCAAUUCAGUGGUGUUUGGGGCCAAUAAUAGUAAGAUGGUGAUGGUGAGGAGAUCAAAAUGGGAUCAAAUUUGGUCGUAUUAAAUAGAUAUGAUUCCUUCUGUUAAUUAUAUGACAAUAAUCAAUCGUGAAAUUAUUGAUUAUAUAAUUAAUUAUCGCUGUGGAAAAUGGAACUAUUGGUGCAUCAUGUCUAAAUAGUAUAUAUGAAAAUGGUCAACGUUGUGAGCAACUGUUCAAUCUUCAAACUUGAGAUGAAGAUGAUCAAACGUCUUAUCAUCAUUUUUUAUUGCAAUUUCCGGGGCAAUACUUUCUUGACCAACGAUGAAAAGAGUGGAGUCUAGGGCAUGACUUCGAUCGUUCUAUAACUCAUAGUAAGCACCAAUUAAACACGAAACCUAUCAGCACAUAUAAUUGGUGAUUUAGAACUUAGAAUCUAGAAGAUAUGAAAGCUUCAAGUUAGGUAGACAUGCAGGGUUGAUAAAGGAUAAUAACCACCACCCUCGAAAAAAUGAUUCCGAUCACAAGAUCGAGAAGUUGCAAAUCGAAUCGAUGAGAAUUUCAUAACUGAUGUGUCUUUGAUCGUUGCUCGCGUGCAACGAAUCAACAGUAACCAUGCGCAGCAAGAGGGACGGCGUUGUGUAACUAUGUCUCGACUGGUGUUGCUUUGUGUUCAUAGCAGUAUAUAUUGACUAGCCCUCGAUCAAUCAACGCAUUCGCUCUAAUCCCCAAUGUUCUUGAUCGGUCUCAUCUAUAUAUAGGUGGCUACUUCGGUGCACUCACUUUUUUGGGUGCACUGAGUGCACCCAACUCUAAAAGGGUCCAUAAUACAUCAAAUUUUGAACUUUGAUUAGUACUCUCAAUAUAAUAUGAUGAUAUGACAUAGAAUCAUAACAAAUCAAUCCAUUUCCCUAACCCCUUAACAUUCAAUUUUGAAUCCCAACCCAAAAUCCCAAAUUGUAAACCUAAACCCUAACCCUAAAUCCUUCGAAUUAAAGUAAAUUUUGAAUGAAUUUUUUUCAAACUCAUGUGCUUCUUGUUCAUAAUAUCAUAAGCAACAAUCGAUACUGUUUUGACAUGAAUCGCAUGGUCAGAAUGACAAUUAUGAGGCGGGUGCACUGAGUGCACCCGAAAAAGUGGGUGCACCGAAUACGGCACCACAUAUAUAUAUGACAAAGGCUAGCGUACGCACGGACGUACCCUAGCUUACCGUACGCCUGUUGAGUUUUGGUAUUUAGACAAUGAAUUAACCGGAGUUUGGGGCAUGAUAUUAUACGCUAACCCCUAAUGGGUAAACCCUAGUCCGCAAUUCACUAACCCAAAGCAUAAUAUUCAUUUAAUCUCGAGAUGAAAAUCAACGGUUCUGAUUUGUCGAAAUUAUUGUUGAUUUUCAUUUCAAGAUUAAACGAAUCUCAUGAUUUGGGUUAGAAAACUAGGGACUGGGGUUUAUCCAUUAUUGUUUAGGGUAUAGUAUCCUGCCUAAAACUCCGGUUAAUUCAUGAUCUAAAUAGCAAAACUCAAACGGGCGUACGGUAGUCUAACGUACGCCCAGGCGUACGCUAGCCUAAACCAUAUAUAUAUAUAUAUAUAUAUAUAUAUAUACUCUUUUGGUAGCUUUUUUGUUUUUGUUUUUGAUCGUAUGUUAACUAUAUAUGUUUGUCACUGAGUGUUAACAAAACUGUCUUGACUAUGUUGGAGAAUCGUAUACGUUGAAAUCACAUAUAAUUGAACGUACAUAAAUAAAGAAAUUCACGAGAUCUGUUGGUUAAAUAUUUAGCCCACGCGUCUCCAUAUAAUGGAGGUCAAAGGUCCGAUUUAGUGAUUCACCAUCUCGUCGCCCUUACAAAACCAUCAACCAUUCAAGUUUUGCACACAUAGAUUUGUCAAAAAUGAUUACAGAAAAUGUCUUUGCAUCUUGAAAAUAAGGUAGCUAUAUAUAUAUAGCUAGCUUGAUUCCGUUGCUUAGCCUGCUCUAACAAAGCAAACAUGCCAACGAAAAUCAAAAGGCAGAACCAAUAGAUCCGCUCUCACGUAUACAUAACAUGAAAGUAAAAAAAGGAAAAUAAUUGUAUGUCAGUGCAUAUUAAAUUCAAAAUCUCUCAUAUCUAACAUUACAUUAAAGAAAUAAUUACACGUUAAUUACAACGAGAGUGUACGCACAUGUCCAGGAUUCACACGCAAACUUCUUCAUGAGCUGUUAUAAACUCAACUACCACAACUAAUUUUAAUCCAUUGUUUUUGUGUAUAAAAGGAAAGGAUGAUCAUUAUUAUUGGUUAAGCACAUGACCAGCUACGUAACUAUAUUUGGCCCUGCUGCCUUAAUCAGCUUCGAUUGGAUGAUCAUCAUCCAACAACAAAUUAACUACUAAUUACGUACACAUUAGCCAAAUUAAUUAAUCGAUUUUCUGUUAGGGAGCAGGUAAUUUAUAGGUGGUGUGGAUAUAAUGUGUGCAACAAGGUACGUAUUUGGUAUAAUUGGAAUUUAACCAACCUAUAACUAAUUAAAUUAGAAUACUAAAAGCUUAAUUAUAUACUUAAUGUGGUUUACAGUCCACGUAUGCAUGGCAUAAUAUAGGACGUAAAUUGGGAUGAUUAUUAACAGUCAAAACGGCUGAAAACUACAACUCUCUUGCUUACGUGCAGUUAUGUCAACUGUCAGCAGUUGGGUGAAAAAAAAUAAGGCAAAUUAAACCCAAUAUCGUGUGACACAAGUAAUUAGUAAAGAACAUAUAUAUGCUUGACUUGAUCCAUCGAUGGCUAAUUAUGUGAUUGAUGAGUUUGGCAGCCCUCAUAAUUAGUAGCGUAUUUUCAACUUCUUUUUCCACCCAUUUUGUUGGCUUUCUUUGUCAACUACGGACGGCUGUUUGUGUCAACAAAUUUCUAGGUUUAUAUUACUUACAUCGGAAAAUUGGAAGAAAAUACAGAUUUUACGUCUUUCUAUCAACAUGACUUUACGUCUAUAAAGAUUUCAUUAAUAUUUAGGUGGCUCCCCCUCGAUCUUGUUACAACAUAACUCUUCGUAUAACACGGCCGGGGCCGCCGGCUAGGGACGAGUUUAUUUUCAUCCCUCUAGGUCAAUUAUAAUUUGUCUCCCCUUGCUGAACUCCCUUCUCGACACAAACUAUUCAUAUUCAAGUUAUAAGAAACUAGUUCAGCACAAACCCGAAUCAAUCGAGCGAUAAUUCAAGGUCUUUAUAAAAUCAUGUACAACGCAGUUUGACCAACUAUGAACCUUACUCUUUGGAAUUAGAACUUGUAAGUAACCUCUCUGUCUUUGCUUUGACUUACCAUCGAGAGUACAUAUGAAUUUCAUAAAAACCCAGUGCCAUGCCGGCCGGCCUGUAAACUUUCAGAAUCGCUCUUUUUGGUGACAGAGAAGCAUCGAUAAUAUGCAGCAGAAGGACUUUGGAAAAGAACGAGAAUCCAACACAAAGAAUCUCUCCUCUGUUAUGAGCAAUUUAAUAAUUAUAUAUCACGUUGGAUAUAACAGAGAAAAGAUUUGUGUAUAUAAAGUGUUCACUAAUCUUCAUUAGUAUGAGGGUUUUAAGAAGUAAUCUAUAAUCAAAAUUUCGGACAAAUUUGAUUCCAAAACGAACAAUCAUACUAAUUGAGCAUACAAUUUUUAAUCUCGAAACCUUAAGAAUGUGUUUCGUUGUGAAGUGCAAAGGUCAAAGGUAUGGCACUUGCCUAGCUUACUGACAAAACUUUGUGACACACAUGUGAGAGAUUAAGGAUUAAUAACAAUAAUAUAUAUAUCGUUUUUGUCUUGUUUAGCAUGCCUAGUGCCUACUAAGAUAUAGUUAUUAUCAUAAUCAGAGAGAGAGAGAGUACUUUAUAUACUAAGCAGAUGGGUAAUUAAUCUGAUAAGUUAUGUAUAUAUGAAAUAUGUGAUGGGAGUUAAUUAUUUCAAGUUGCAUAUAAUUUUCUUUUUUUUAAUGUUAAUACAUCAUCAUGUUCCGAAAAUGCAUACACAGUGAAUUUUAUAAAAUUUAAACAUUGGU